AUGCCUUCGUUACCAGAGCGUCCGCGCCCUUCGCAAGAGGCUCUCCUUCGACUAGAGAAGGGUACGGCGUCUCCCAACAUUCAGCUGAACGAGGCCGCCCAAAUUAUUGGACUCGACUUGUCGUUAUGCGCCAGCCAUCCGGAGAUCAACCGAGCCCCUCAUGUCCCAAUCCACGCGGCCCCGAAGGAAGAAUGGGUUUUACGAUGGUUAUUAAAGAAGCUCAAGGCUGCCAAGAACUAUCGGGUCGAGCCUGCAUCUUUUCUUUUGUUGCGGCAGCUGAUUGACCUCAUUUCUCCGAAGACAUUGGCGUCGACGCUUAAAGACCAGAAGUUCAUCGGCAUCCUAGACCAUGCGAUUACGGACUUAACAGACGAUGUCAUAUCUGGAUCUGGAAAUGGGACAAACGAGCUACUGCCUUCAGAUUCCGAAUCCAGCCAAACUUUGAGUGAAGGAUCUAGCAGGAAGGGCACGAAGCGGAAGAGAACCAAUGGGAUUGAGCACGAUUCGAUGGACGUUGACGAGCAGCCAAGAACGCCUGUCUCAUGCUUUUUGGCUUUUACACGUCUCCUUGACUGCAUCUAUAGCUUGGUCACACUGGUUAGCGGAAAGGACGGCGUUGAUGAAACUGCUCGCUCUCAUCUCAGGCAUGCUCUCAGGGGCGAACCUCAACCGAUCGCAAUUACGCUGGGCAAAUCAUUUACCCUUGCUUCUCUCGCGAUUACUCAGUUCUCCAAUGCUCGGAAGACGACAGAGUUGCAGCAUUUGUUCUACGUUCUUCCUGCUCUCUUGGAGAUCUGGGAGUGGAGAUCGUACCGCCAGGAUGGUGCAGAGGGAUCUGGUAAUGGGGGAUUUGCUGCUCAUUGUUCCCAGCGCGCCCUCAGGCUACUACACUGCGUUCGUGCUGCUGGACUUGAUACGGACGAGAGGACUAACGUGCUGAGCGGGAUUGAGCGUCUAAUUGCUCUCCAUGUGGUACUUCCAGCCCGUGCAGACUUCCUUAGCAGAGGUGGUUUAGGCAUCGACUAUUCCUCAACCGAGCCGGAUUGGAGCCCUGUAAAGCCCGUUUCUGAUGCUUUUCGGACAAUUUUUUCUGCCGCCGAGCCUCUAUCCGAGCCCGGCAGCACUGUGACAAAAGACAACGCCGCUGAGAAAGAAUUCUGGAAUGCGGCGGAGCUAAUUCCAGAGUUUUUCUACAUCGCUACUCGAUCAGUCCCGCGGGACUCAUUUCGACGGAAAACGGACGAAGCACCUUGGUUGGAGACACUCUUCGUUGCUGCUGCCGAAUUGGCAUUCUCAUCUAUGAAAUCGACGAAGCCAACCACAUUUCUUUCCCACUUUGUGCGUAUUUUAGAGCAGCUUUUUCAAGUGGCUCUAAAGCAGGAUGUGCAAUUAUCGCUACACACGCUUCUUACACAUGCUGCAUAUACCGGCCUUCUGAAGGACCAGCUCCCUCUGGUUGAGUGGAAUCUCAUUGCACUCCUCAUAGAACUAGGAGUGGAUAUCUUCCUUCCAAACUCCGGACUUGCGGACUCUGAGAAGUAUCUGGCGGCCUUGCUGAACAAGAUUAAUUUGCUCUGGCGGAGUGGCAAUUCCACCGAUAGUAGCUACGAAAUUAUCAAAGCCGGCAUUAUUUUGCCUUUGCUACGCGGGUUCAUGAAUGCCAGGGAUCUCCCUACUUUCAUGGAGAUCUGGUACCAGCAACUGACCGAUAUAGAGGAAGCAAGAAUGCAAGACAGUAAUCUCAGCCUCUUUACAGUGUGGGAAGACGACGACCUUUGUGAUGCAUACGGUGAAAUUAUGCGCAACCCUCUGAACCAAACAUUUGCCUCCGCUCAGAUGCGUGCUGCGGCGGUCGAGAUUCGUGGUGAUGAUGGCAAACUUGCUAGGUCUCCAGAGGCAUAUGCGCAGCUGUUGAUUGCUGAGGCUGGGUUCAGGAAACGGAACAUCAAUCUUGCCGAUAAUAAUGCUGACCUCGCAUCUGCAAUGGAAACAGUUGUGUCGACGCUUUCUUCGGAUCAAGCUUUGCAUUGGCGGUGGCGUCUGUGGAAGUUAACUCGCAGUCUGAUUGAGAACAAUGUUGAAAAAGUCAACGUCGGUCUCGGCGCUUCCUUAUCAAGCUUGACUGGCGCGGCUACAAGUUCGAUCAAACGCCGACACCAGGAGUUGACGCAUAAGCUCAGCGCACGUCUUGAGUGUAUUGAGGCAUAUCGACUUGUUCUUGCAAUCACCAAGCACUCACCUAGCACGAACAGCAGCGAGGAUCUGUCAUCUUUGAUGAAAGAAGUCAUCAAGUUGAUGAAUUCUAUCUCGGCAAAGGCUGCACUAGACUCCAUGAACUCUGGGUGGAAUGGUCGUUUGAAUUCACUGGACUCUCCAGCCACCCUAUCUUUAGCAUAUUUUCUAGGUCUUAUCCGAAUCCCUGACCUUUGGAGUCACAUUGAGUCCAACAUUCGACGCCCGCUGUUUUCUCAUAUUCUCUCUUUCGCGACGGCCCAAUACCAGCCAUCUUCGUCGACUCUUGAGAACUUCUCGUCAGGUGCACGUUUUUUGCAAACGUGGGCUAGCGUCGCAUCUCACGAAUAUCUUUUGAACGCCCCCAGCAUUGUGAACGAUCUGAUUUUUGUCAUAUCCGAGCGAAUCAAGGACGAUGUUUCGAAUCUCAAGCUCUACACUGAGAGUUUGCAAAGAGUCCCGGCUUCUCUUAUCACACGCCGCCAAACUGGAGCUCUCCUAGAUCUAUUGCAGGGCGUCUUAUCAGAACAGGACAGCACUUCCAUAGUCACCGUUGGUAUAUUGUCAUUGAUGGCCAAGCUGGCAGAUUUACCCAAAUCCACCGCGGAGAUCACUGGAAACUGGGAACCGCUCUGGACAAUUGCGAAAGCACUCUCGUUGCAGGAUACGAAUAUUGACCUUGAUAUAAUGAAGGCAUUCAGAUUUCUGCACCGUGCGGUCGUUUCGAAAUUGCUUCUUCUAGCUGAAGGAGAGCGCCGGAAGCUUUUUAAGAAGAUGUUCCGCAAGAUAUCUGCGAAGGUGUCCAAGUUGCAGUCAAUCGAUCGCAGCUCUAUGGAGUGCUUCUUCCUCAGGAUCUCUCUAUACCAAUUCUGGGUUCAUCAGGAACAAUUAAUGGACGCGAUAGAUGUCGCGGAGCUUGCUGCUAGCCGCGAAAAAGUCUUCAGUCUUGUGGUAGCCGACUUGCGCUCGGCCAGAGAUCAGUACAAGAAACAACCCUUGGAAGAGACAGUCACAGUGAUCAAGACUCUAGAUGCCUUGGAGGAUUUCGAGGAUUUAGCUACGGAUCAUGAAGAGGUCAAGAGAUAUCUGUUCAAGAUUGAGAGUUAUGUCGAAAAGUCGGUCGACUCAGGGACUUCUUUGAGAAGGCUCAUCAGACGCCGCGUUUUGGCUACCCAGAGUGCGGAAAAAAGUGCUACCAUUCCUGUCGUGCAGUACGCCGAAUCCCUACCACUUCAGCAUAUGUACAGCGAGGAUCAGCAGCUUUUUAUCCGUGCAACAAGUGAACGUUUCAGGUCCAUGUCUACGGGCAGCCUGACUCGAGUAAUACAGGACGUCCGGCAGUUGGGAUUCACAGGCAAGAUUGCCGAGUACCAUUUACUUAUCGCGGGCCUAGCUGUUGCUGCAGCGCCACCCACUGAAGACAAGGAAAAUGAUCUGGCGAAGGAGCUGUCCCUUGUCUGUAGUGAGGUCACCGAGGCGAUUUCCCGCAGUAAAUCGGUCGAACAAUUUGUCCUUGCUACAGAGUGCUUGGAUGUUCUCCUUCGCAGCCAUUUACGCUGCAUUUCACAAUGGAACGUUGACAGCAUUCUCGCGUGCAUUGCUACGUGUGCCUCCAAGGACGGCCCCCGUAUUCGUCCCGACGUUUGCGGAGUGAUUUAUACCCGUCUGUGCCGAUUAAUGGGCGUGUUAGUAGGUCUUCACCGACAGAAACUGGGAGGCCGUUUCCAUCUAGUCCUUCCGGCCAUGCAACGGCUGCUCCAUUGUCUCUUCGCCAGAGCCAGGAAACGCAGCAGACUUGGCAAGCCUGAUCUGGGGCAUGGAAAACAGCCAUACUGGCUCUCUCAGCUGAACGCUGCUCACGCUGUCCAUUACACCCGUCUCCUCACAUCCCUUUGCGACCCGACCGUUUCUGCGGUUUCCCGGCCUACCCCAUGGGGUGCUGGGUACGAAGGACUGACAGACCAGACGAAGAAGGCUAAACAGAUUGCAGGCCAAUAUCUGCAAUAUUUAAUCAUGGAUUAUGCUCAGAGUUCACUGCGUAGCAAUCUGCAGCCCGAGGUGAAGGCGGCCCUUCUGCCAGGGCUAUACUCGGUGCUUGAUGUUAUGUCACGCGAUACCAUGCGAGCGCUGAGCGCAGGGCUGGAUAUCUCUGGCCGCGCAAUGUUCAAGGCUCUGUAUGAUGAUUAUAUGAAGUUUGGCAAGUGGAACAAAGCCUGA